UACAUAAAUAAAAAGAUAAAUUUAAUUACACAAAAUGUGCAUUUAAUAAUUGAUUCUAUUCGUAAAUAAUAACGAACUUUUACUACUAGAAAUACCGUAGAAUACUGUAUCAUAAAUGUAUCAUCAUUAUAAGUCAUUGAGACACGGUUGUUAUAUGGUCAGAGGCCUCGUCAGAUAAGAAAGCUUAAGUAAGAGUAGGGAUGAUAAUCUGUAGCAACGUAUGAUCGCUCUGGUCCCACUUUGUGUCAGUCGGUGUGCUGAGGUUGAUCAAGAUGGACAUCACAACAUUGUCGUUACGAUUAUUUAUAAUAAUAUUUGGACUGCUCGUGUCGUCCAGUCAAUGUUACAAACCGGAUAUAUUUCAGAAUACUUUAGGCCAUAUAAAAUCGCGCACGUCGCCCGAAAUUCAGGCGAAAGCAGCUAAAGGUGUCGCGGAAAGACUGCUGGGCAAAGAGAUAUCUAAAUUGUUUAUUAUGAUACUAAAUACUAAUUUGGGGCCUAUUGACAAAGAUACUUUCCAGAUAACAAAAAAUCCUCUAGGUAAAAUCGAAAUUCAUGGCACUUCCGGAGUAGCUAUUACAUGGGGUUUACAUUAUUAUUUGAAACACCAUUGCAAUGUUCAUAUAUCAUGGGACGGUAUGCAAAUUUCGUUGCCAAACACCUUGCCGGAUGUCCGAGUUAAAAUUACAUCAAACGAUAGAUUCAGAUAUUAUCAGAACGUGUGCACCAUGGGUUACAGUUCGGCCUGGUGGCAGUGGCGCCAAUGGGAAAAAAGUAUCGAUUGGAUGGCCCUUAAUGGAAUUAAUCUUGCCCUCGCUUUUACUGCACAAGAGGCGAUCUGGCAAAGACUGUAUCAAGAAUUGAAUAUGACGAAAUGGGAAAUUGACGAGCACUUGGGAGGACCUGCUUUCUUACCCUGGGCGAGGAUGGGCAAUAUUCGUGGCUUCGGUGGACCAUUAUCAUCAAAUUGGCAUAAUCGCACUAUACGUCUACAGCAUCAAAUUCUUCGGAGAAUGAGGGAUCUCGGGAUCGUUCCGGUGUUACCAGCAUUCGCCGGUCAUGUGCCGCGAGCUUUUGCCAGGCUUUUCCCAAAUGCUAAUAUGACAAAGAUUGAACCGUGGAAUAAAUUCAAAGACAAAUAUUGUUGCCCUUAUUUGUUAGAACCGACGAGUCCGCUAUUUCGAAUGAUUGGAGAAAAAUUCCUUCGAAUGUACAUCGAUGAGUUUGAUACCGAUCAUAUUUAUAAUUGCGAUACUUUUAAUGAAAAUACACCUAACAGCACUGAACUUAUUUAUUUGAAAAACGUCAGCCAAUCGGUUUUCUUAGCCAUGAAUGCGGUUGAUUCUAAAGCAAUAUGGUUAAUGCAAGCUUGGUUGUUUGUACACGACAUCACGUUUUGGACGGAGUCCAGAGUGAGAACCUUUUUGACCUCGGUACCCACAGGACGAAUGUUGGUGUUAGAUUUACAAUCGGAACAAUUCCCACAAUAUGAACGAUUUGAAUCAUAUUAUGGUCAGCCAUUUAUUUGGUGCAUGCUACACAACUUCGGCGGCACCUUGGGAAUGUUUGGCUCCGCGCAGAUCGUUAAUCAGCGUACGUUCGAAGGUAGAAACAUGUAUGGCAGUACUAUGGUGGGAACUGGUCUGACACCCGAAGGUAUCAAUCAGAACUAUGUAAUCUACGAAUUAAUGAACGAAAUGGCUUAUCGUGAUAAGCCCGUGAACCUCGUCGAUUGGUUCGCAAGUUACGCUACUCGAAGAUACGGCGCAUGGAAUGACUAUGCAGUGACUACUUGGAAAUACCUUGGCGGAACAGUUUAUAAUUUUAACGGCACCGAAAAAAUCAGAGGACACUACGUUAUUACUAGACGGCCGAGUUUAAAUAUUUCACCAUGGGUCUGGUAUGAGCGACGAAUGUUUUAUACACAGUGGGAUAAUUUUUUAACAGCGAGAUACGGAAGAGAAAAUAAUACCCUCUACAGACAUGACGUAGUCGAUAUAACCAGACAAGCUCUCCAAUUAAUGGCCGACGAUAUUUACAUGACUAUAGUAGAUUAUUACAAGGAAAAGAAUGUCAUUGCUUUUCGGUCGUCCGCGAAUGAUUUAUUGGAACUUUUCGAUGAUCUUGAAUCUAUUCUGGCAUCAGGAAAUAAUUUUUUGCUGGGCACUUGGUUAGCCCAAGCUAAAGAUAUGGCUGACAACGAGGAAGAAAGACGAUCCUAUGAAUAUAAUGCGAGAAAUCAAAUUACUCUAUGGGGCCCAAAUGGGGAGAUCAGAGACUACGCCAAUAAACAAUGGUCAGGGGUGAUAGCGGACUAUUUUAAGCCUAGAUGGGAACUUUUCUUAAAAGCUCUCGAUAAAUCAUUAAUCGAAAGAACCAAGCUCAACAUUACUGAGAUUAAUGAUAGAAUAUUUCGCGAAGUCGAGCAGCCUUUUACUUUCUCCACGAAGCUUUAUCCGACAGAGCCAAAAGGUGAUCCUAUUGAAAUAGCAGUAAAAUUAAUUUCCAAGUGGUACAAAAUAGAAGCACCAUUAGCAUUAUCAUUAUUAUCACCAUCAUGUAAGGAACACGCUGAAUAUAAGUUAUGAUUUAAUUUCUUUUUUUAUUUAGAUAAGAUGAGAUAAUUACAUUUAAAAUGCCAUAUAAGAUAUAUUUUUAAAAAAUACCCCAUGACAGUUUUAAUCAAGUUUUCAAUAAGACAUAUUUUUUAAAUACACGCAUUUUUUAGCUUU